AUGCCUCUUCAAAAUCAGCCUGGAGUGGAAGGCACAAACAGUGCUGUGAAUAAAGCUGAAAAGUAUCAACGACAUCUUUCUGGUGCAUAUGGAAAUAAAAGAGGACUUCACAGAAGCAGUAGCAAGGAUGGAUCUGAAGAAAAGCGCCAAAAUGAUAAGACAUAUACUGUGGAGACAAUGCCUUCUCAAAAUCGUUUUGAAUUUGAAGAUACACCCAGCGCUGAGAAUAAAGCUGAAAAAUAUGAACUACAUCUUUCUGGAGCAUAUGGAAAUGAAGCUCACAGAAGCAGUAACAAGAAUGGAUCUGAAAAAAGCGCAAAAUGGACACAAGAACUGAUGUGGGCACAAUGCCUCUUCAAAAUAAGUUUAGAGUUAAAGACACAAUCAGUGCUGAGAAUAAAUGUACUCAAAUACUUAAAAAGCGCAAAAAAGAUUGAUAACAAUCUUUUUUAG